ACACACCCCGCCAUGCCGCCACCAUCCCUCACGGGGCUGCUCACGCGCCUGCGCGCGCCGAUUUUCAACACCCUCGCGCCAGAGUCCAACGCGCGUACCGGCACAAAGUACCUGCGCCGCCGGCUCCGCGGCCCCGGUAUGCUCGCAUACAUCCGCAAGGGUGUCAGCCUGCGGACACUGAACGCGUACGUACCGUGGAACAAGUACGCGGGCUGGGACCGCGAGCGCCCCGACGGCAAGGCGUACCACCUCCCUCCCAGCCAGGCUGUGCCGCCCGGAUUUGAGGAGAUCCCGCGCUACCCGAAGCCCGGCACAGCAAACAAGCCGAACGGGUGGCUUGAGAGCGGACGGGAGAUGGAGCGCUUCGACGAUGUCGCACGGCGGCGCAAGAUGGGCAAGGGGCCCGUCAAGAAGGGCGAGGGCAAGCGCGCCCAGAUGGCCAAGACCAAGAAGAAGUUCUAGGUCCAUCACAUCCAGUCCUCCCACACUAUGCAUUAUAUCUCACCGUCCGGGCGAGGUCUCAAAGGUCUCACCGCGGGAUGCACUCAUCGAGACCGGGCACGAAGCCGUAGCGGCAGGCUGUGAUCUUGCAACGCCC